AUGCGCGUGUGUAUGUCCUCGUCCACGCCAAACGCCGCGCUCGGCACCACGCCCGAAACAAAAAAGAGGCCGCACGAGUCGGAGCCGGAGUCCAGCUCGGCGUACUCGGACCGGCAGCCCAGCAAGGUUGCACGCAUUGGCGGCGGCGGCGGCGGCCUUGACGGUGGCGUGUCUGACGUCAAGGAGUCCGCCGCUGCCGAGGAGUCCGCCGCCGAGGAGGCCGUCGUCGCCGAGGAGCUCGAGUCUGCCGCUGACACCCUCAAAACCCUCGGCGCGGACGCUCUCAACUCUGGUACAGCCGAGCAGCUGCGGGGAAUUGCGAUGUCUCUCUGGAAGCUGAAUGACACCUUCGAGCAGCGGGAGGCGGCGAGGAAGGAGGCUGCGGCUGCAGGUCCCACCGACGACACCUUUUCGGGGCCUGAGGGUUGUCCCCGCGUCCGGCUCGAGCUCGACAUCGUGGAGCAGAUCAUGCUUCAGCUCUCUCCCAAGGACAUGGCCGUCGCCGCACGCGUCAACCGGCACUUUCUGCAGGCCGUUGAGCGCGCGAUUCCUGCGCGGCUGCGGCCCACGCCGCCCCCGCCGAAGCCCGGCGAGCCGCAGCUGCCCAACGACCCGCGGCGGCGCAACCUCGGCCUCGCGGUCGAUGCCGACGAGAAGGUGACGACGGAGCUGCUCGCGCGGCUGGAGUGGGAGGCGGGUGAGAGGCUGCUGAAGCUGCUGAAGGUGGCCGACUUGUCAGGACAGAGGGCUUGGCGCAUCGUGGCCAACGGGAAGCCAGCACCUGCGUGGGCCCAGCGAAACAAGUCGGCAGUGGUGGCAGCAUUCCGUGCAAGCGGCCCCUAUUCGUUGGUGAUCCUCCUCCUGACGUGCCUUUUGUUCCUCUCAAUGCCCGCCUCUGUGACCGAGGAGCACGUCGAGGACAUCGGCGCGGUUCUUGUGCGAAUUGCUGAGGACGACUCCUGCCAGCCAGGUGAGAUCGACGUGCUGCUCAAUGUCCUCAAAACGCUACCCGCGCGAGCCCUCGUGCGCAUCCGCGCCAAGAUCGACGCGUGCCGGAGCGCAUGUCUGGCAAACCACGCGUUCAAAAACCUCGUGCCCAAGGUGCGAGCGCUCCUCGCCCAGGCCGACGGUGCACCGUCCAUCUGA